AGAGCAACUUACGUAACAUUCUCCCCUAUCUCCCUCGCUUCCUCUCUCCCUCCUCCCUCCUUCCUCCUCCGCAAGAAGAGAAACAUGGUGGCGACGAGGAGUUCGGCUUCAUCGAAGCGUUCUCUUUCUUCACCCUCCACAUCUUCUUCUCCGAAACCCAAACGCUCAAAGGAAGAGGUGGCGGCAGCGUCGUCGUCGGAGGAUCGCGCAAAUUCGAAGGAGCUCGCUGCGGCUUGCGAGGUGAGUCAGCCAUCAGGAGAUCUGGAUGUGGAUCUCCUCGUUGACGCUUCUACUAAUCCGGACGAUAAGCAGGCUGAGGACGGCACGGAGGAGAGUUCUACGAUUAAUUUUUCUUCAAGAGAGACGGAGCAAUUGAUAAAGAUGCUGCCUGCUUUGGAACUGCCGACAAUGAAAGGGAAGGCCUGGCCGCAGAAGGCAGCCUGGACCAAGUUCAUAUCGCAGUGCUCCCAGGGUGUAAUUGUGAAUGGAAUUCAAUGUGGAACCAGAUCUGGGGACUCGUCAACUUUUGCUGGAGCAUCAAUACUAGCAUCUUUAUCUAAUCCUAGAAAGGGGGAGGUCACUCGAACGCCCCCAGCAUCUAAUGCUGAAAAUGACCACGAAGGACUUGAAACUGCUACUUUACCUUCUACUUCUAUUGCAUCAGGUUCCAUUCCUGGACGUGAUUGUGAUUUCCAAUUAAGGGGUAAUACUGACCAUAAUGGGGUUGCCGUUACUGAUGGAAAUAAGGCUUCUGCUACUGUGCCUGUAGAUCUAGUUUCUAGCUUGGGUGUUGAUGCAUAUUUUGAUGCAGAAUUGGCAAAAAGAUCUGGUACAAAUUUCGAAUUAAGGCCACUUCUACGGAUGCUUGAAAAAUCUUCUAAUGCUGAACUGGAUUUGAGUGGCAAUCUUUUCAGAACUUCUGAAGGGCAUAGGGAGCUCCAGAAGGAUCUAGAAGGUUUAGCUGCUAAUUUAACCAAUUCUAGAUCCCAAACAUUCAAGGAGCGUCUUAGACAGGGGAUUCUCAGUCCUUGUUCUAUACAAGUUACUUUUGAAAAUUUUCCUUACUAUCUGAGUGAAAUAACAAAAAAUGCUCUCUUAUCAUGUGGAUAUAUUCAUCUGGAACUCGAAGAAUAUGCAAAAUAUUCUGCUAACAUUUCAUCCUUAAAUCCAAGAAUUCUACUUUCUGGUCCUUCAGGAUCUGAAAUAUAUCAAGAAAAUUUGACAAAGGCACUGGCCAAGCACUAUGAUGUUAGAUUGCUUAUAAUAGAUUCCUUGAUUUUACCGGGUGUUUCAUCAUCGAAGGAUUUGGAAUCUCUUAAAGAAGGUGGGAGGACCGAAAAAUCAGCUAGCUUUACUAAGCAGAGAUCUGCAUUGACUGACGCUGUUCAUCAUAGAAGACCAGCUUCCAGUGUGGAGGCUGAUAUUGUAGGAACAUCUAGUUUAAAUUGCCAAUCCUUACCAAAGCAGGAGUCCUCAACUGCAUCUUCAAAGAGUUGCACAUUCAAAGAAGGAGAUAGAGUAAAGUAUGUAGGUCAGAUGCUUUCCUCUGGACUACAUUUGCCAUCUCAGAGAGGUCCACAUCAUGGGUUUCGUGGUAAAGUAAUGCUAGCAUUUGAAGAAAAUGGAUCAUCCAAAGUUGGGGUGAGAUUUGAUAGGCAGAUAGUUGAAGGUAAUGAUCUUGGGGGGCUUUGUGAAGAGGAUCAUGGGUUCUUUUGCGGUGCUGACAUGCUUCGACUGGACUGCUCUGGAAGUGACGAUUCUGAAAAGCUUGCUAUCAAUGAACUAAUAGAGGUGGUUUCCGAAGAAAGUAAAAACGGGCCUCUGAUUGUUUUCUUGAAGGACGUGGAGAAAUCUAUGGGUGGUAGUGUAGAAUCAUAUCUAUCUUUCAAGAACAAAGUUGAAUCUCUUCCUGCAGGUGUUCUGCUGAUCGGCUCUAAUAUACAGAUGGAUAACCGAAAAGAAAAGUCACAUCCCGGUGGGCUUCUUUUCACAAAAUUUGGAAGCAGCCAAACGGCUCUGCUUGAUUUCGCUUUCCCAGAUAAUCUCAGUAGGAUGCACGAAAGAAAUAAAGAAAUGCCCAAGGCAAUGAAACAGUUGACUAGGCUCUUCCCAAAUAAAGUGACAAUUCAGCUUCCACAGGAUGAAGCCCAACUUUUGGAUUGGAAGCGACAAUUGGACCUUGAUGUUGAGACUCUUAAAGCUCAAUCCAAUAAUUCCAGUAUCCAUUCAUUCCUAAGCCGCAAUGGCCUUCAGUGCAAUGAUCUAGAAAAAAUUAGCAUCAAGGAUCAAACUCUUAGCAGUGAAAGUGUUGAUAAAAUAGUUGGUUUUGCUCUUAGUCAUCAUCUCCGGAACAAUAUAGAACGGAUUCAUACCAAGGAUACUAAGCUUGCACUCUCCAGUGAGAGCAUCAUGCAUGGGUUUAGCAUGCUUCAAAACUUGCAAAGUGAUACUAAGAGUUCUAAGAAAUCACUUAAGGAUGUGGUCACAGAAAAUGAGUUUGAGAAAAGGCUUUUGGCUGAUGUUAUUCCACCUAAUGAGAUUGGGGUUAGUUUUGAUGAUAUCGGAGCUUUAGAACAGGUAAAAGACACUUUGAAGGAGUUGGUGAUGCUUCCUUUGCAGAGACCAGAAUUAUUUAGCAAAGGACAAUUGACUAAGCCUUGCAAGGGAAUAUUGCUCUUUGGUCCUCCAGGCACUGGAAAAACAAUGCUUGCUAAAGCUGUUGCAACAGAAGCAGGUGCAAAUUUUAUCAACAUAUCAAUGUCUAGCAUCACAUCGAAGUGGUUUGGUGAGGGGGAAAAAUAUGUUAAGGCUGUUUUCUCCUUAGCAAGUAAAAUUGCUCCUAGCGUUGUCUUUGUUGAUGAGGUUGAUAGUAUGUUGGGUAGAAGGGAAAAUCCAGGAGAGCAUGAAGCCAUGCGCAAGAUGAAAAAUGAAUUUAUGGUGAAUUGGGAUGGGUUGCGCACAAAAGAUAAAGAACGUGUUAUUGUUCUUGGAGCUACCAAUAGGCCAUUUGAUCUUGAUGAGGCUGUCAUAAGGAGACUGCCACGGAGAUUGAUGGUGAACUUGCCAGAUGCUUCAAACAGAGAUAAGAUUCUUAGAGUCAUACUAGCCAAAGAAGAAUUGGAAACAGAUGUUGAUUUUGAAGCAAUUGCCAAUAUUACUGAUGGAUACUCUGGAAGUGACCUGAAGAAUCUUUGCGUGACUGCUGCACAUCGUCCUAUUCGAGAAAUUUUGGAGAAGGAAAAGAAGGAGAAAAGUCAAGCACUUGAAGAAGGAAAACCUUUACCACCCCUGUGUAGUUGGGUGGACAUUCGUCCGCUGAAGAUGGAUGACCUGAAAUAUGCACAUGAACAGGUAUGUGCAAGCGUCUCAUCAGAAUCGACGAAUAUGAGUGAGCUUCUGCAGUGGAAUGAGUUGUAUGGAGAAGGUGGAUCGAGGAAGAAGAAGGCACUCAGCUAUUUCAUGUAGGAAGGUCAUUUAUUGUGCAGCUCUCAACACCAUUUCUACACCAGUUAUCAAAAUUUGCAAGCUUAACACUACUGCAGAUGGGAACCCAUUCUUCACAGAGCUAGAUUGUAAAAAAUUGACAACAGACUUCUAAAGUAAUCAUGUGUGGUUUUGAUAUAAUAACUAGAAAGGAUCUUUGUUUGUUUCCAUUUGCUGUUGUUACUCUUUUGAUAGCUUGAGAGGUCUCUCUGAUUGUACAUACAUACCAGUGUCAUAUUAUAUGCAGAAGGAAUAUAUUUCUCAGAAUUUAUAUUAUCUUUGAUCUCUCUUAUAUUCCUAAUGGAAAUUUCUGUUGUUUAACAAAUAUUCCUAAUGGAACUUAAGUUUGUUUGGCA